AGGAUGGCAUCUGCAGCAGGAUGGGCACCAUCUGCAGCAGGAUGGGCAUCUGCAGCAGGAUGCCAGUCUGCUCUAAAAGAGAUUUGAUAUUUCAGUCACUGACCCACGCAUUUCACACCCUGCGGGGUUUCGGCUCACAGCGCGUGGGGCAUCACCGAUGCUGUCCCAUCCCCGUCCCCGCGGGUGUCACUCUCCAUGAGCUGAACCAGGUGUCCCACAGUGUCCCCAUCCCCACAGCAGACAGCAAGUGGGGUCCCUGGAACCACUGGAGCCUCUGCUCCAAGACCUGCGACACCGGCUGGCAGCGGCGCUUCCGCAUGUGCGAGGGCACGGGCAUGCAGGGCUACCCCUGUGAGGGCACUGGCGAGGAGGUGAAGACCUGCAACGAGAAGAAAUGCCCAGCCUACCACGAGAUGUGCAAGGAUGAGUACGUGAUGCUGAUGACUUGGAAGAAGACGGCUGCAGGGGAGAUCAUCUACAACAAAUGUCCCCCCAAUGCCACAGGUGAGCCCAGAU